AUGAGUGCCUAUAUCAAUCAAAAUAACGAGUCAACGGGCUCGAUCCAUGAGAAAGACAUUACGUCACAUAAUCUUUCUAGAUCUGUGACUCUAACAGCGGAACAGUUUGAAAAACUGUAUCUAGCUCCGAUGAUUCAUGGCCAGCCUAAAUUGACCAAGCAAUUGGGAAAUCCUACACCAUUAGCAUUAGGUGGAUUCGUUAUUACCACUACUCCGCUUUCGUGUGCUCUAAUGGCCUGGAGAGGAGCUGGUGGAAACGGACUUGCCUUCAUUGGGUCGUUUGUCUUCCUUGGUGGGCUUCUGGUACUCAUCACAAGUAUUCUUGAGUUCAUUCUGGGGAACACGUUUUCAUGCGUUGUGUUCGGUACAGUCGGAUCAUUUUGGUUAGCAUAUGCAGCCACGAUGAUUCCCUCCUUCAAUGCAGUUGCACCGUAUUCCGCAACCUUGAAUAAUACGGCUGCUGGGAUGGCUAGCCCACAGUUCCAAGAUACUUUCGCUUUCUUGUUUAUAACUAUGGCCAUCCUAAUGCUGGUCUUCUUAAUCUGCUCAACACGAACCAACCUCGUAUAUGCGAUUAUAUUUUUCUUGCUGAUUCCAGUGUUUUGCCUCUUAGCAGCUGGUGACUGGACGUUGGCUGAAGGAAACGAGGAUGCUAGUGUGCGAUGCAUUAAAGGAGCUGGAGCUUUACUAUUCGCCUCUAGUCUACUUGGUUUUUAUCUAUUGACUUCCGUGCUUCUUGAGUCUCUGCAAUUCCCAUUCAGACUCCCCGUUGGCGACUUGUCGGGACUCUGGACUUGUAAAGGACGCAAGAGACAUGGUGCAGACUCAGCCAAUACUCGUGCAAACUCGGGUAAUAUUGGAGAUGAAAACGCUUGA